GUCUUCAGCAUCUUCAGCUUUUCUCAAACGAACACUACUCACAUCCGCGCGCUUCAACAGACCGAACGCCACUCUCCGAACCACAUACCAACCCAUCUUUCAGAACUUCAGACCUUUCUCCGUCACUUCAGCUACAAUGGGUCAAGGCGUGCACAACCUCCAGAACAAGGCUGCCUUCGACGAGGCCCUUGCCCAGAAGGACACUCUGCUUGUCCUCGACUGCUUCGCGACAUGGUGCGGUCCUUGCAAGGUCAUUGCGCCCAAGGUCAGCGCUUUUGCCGACUCCUACGAGAACGCACGCUUCUAUAAGAUCGAUGUCGACGAGUGCCCGGAUGUCGCGCAAGAGCUUUCCGUUCGCGCUAUGCCGACUUUCUUCCUCUUCAAGAACGGCGAGAAGGUCGGUGAAGUCGUCGGCGCCAACCCAGCCGCCCUCGAGACUGCCAUCAAGCAAAAUUUGUAGAGGCAAUGGGAGGCGAUGGUGGGGGACGUCAUCAUGACACGAGGAUAUGAGAAAGGAGAGGCGAGCGUGCAUGAGGCAUGCAUUGGUCGAGUACGAGAGUGGCGAUACCAAUACAUGCAUACUAUCUCGCUAUGAUCUCUUGAUCUGAAAUGCAGAUGUAUCAUAGACUUGGUUUUCUAGUCCUCGAUUGCAGAGGCGCGAAUCAAGCAAACCAUUUCGGAUGUCUUCG